GAGCACCUUUGGUAUUCACCAGUAGUUCUAAUGGUUGAAAAUCCGUGUGGCGCUUCUAGGCAGCUUAUUGCCUCCUUGUGGUCUGCAAUCCAAACUGCUUUAUGGGGACAACAAUCAGAGAAAAUAACCACGACUCCUACAAUGGAUCAACAAGAAACAAACGAGCCAUGCGAGCCAUCUGUGCCAAGUGAAAGUGUAGCUACCGAGCCUGCUGUGAAUGAGGCACCGGAACAGCAAUUGAAGCCUGAAAACGAACAGCAGGAGGAGGGUGAAAAAGUUGAGACUUCUGUGAGUGAAGGUGCUGAGGAUAUUGAGGAGAAUAAGUCACAAGAAGAAGAAGAAUGUGCUGCAUCUGAGCUGGUGUCAAAUGAUAUAGUAGAAGUGAAUGGGUCUCCUCCACAGGAAGGCUCAGCAGAGGAGGAGGAAGAUAGCGUCGAAGAUGAUGUGGUCAAAGUUCAACCAGUCCAGAAGGAGCCAGAGCCUAUCCCUGUCAUUGAUACAUCAGCUUCAAAGGUGAAGGAACAGAAGAAACCGUAUAAGAAGGAAUCAAAGUCUAAAGCAAAGUCUCGUGACUCUGGUAAAUCUAAAGACAAGAAAAAGGAGGACAAGAGUAUUGAACACGUGUUAAAGGCUUUGAGUAGCUUGACUUCACCUGAAGAGAAAUUGGCUGCCCUUUGCAAGAAGUAUACUGAGCUACUUGAAGAACACAAAACGGUACAAGCUGGGCAUAAACAGUCACAGAAGCAGGUCACUCAGAUGAUGCGCGAGAAGGAACAACUUCAGUUCGAUCACAGCAAGGCGUUGCUGGCCAAGAGCAAAAUGGAGAAUCUCUGCCGCGAGUUACAAAAGCACAAUAAACUCAUCAAGGAGGAAAGUUUAGCUCGAGUGAAAGAUGAGGAAGAAAAGAGGAGGGAGGUGGCAAAUCGCUUUCAGACGACGAUCACCGAUAUCCAGUCUCAGAUGCAGGAUAAUUAUUCCAAGAACACCAAGCUGAGGGAGGAGAAUAUAGAACUAGCAACAAGACUCAAAGAUCUGGUUGGCAAUUAUGAAAAAGCUCAAACUCAAGUGGAGAAAGUUUUUAACCAAAAUUUAACACUGGCGCAAGAAAAGGAGAAAGAUUGUAAAGAAAAACAACUGCUAUUUUUAGAACUCGAACAAUCGCAAAAGAAGGUAGAGUUGUUGGAGAUGACUGAACAGCAGCUGAGAACGCAGCUAGCGCUUUAUACAGACAAGUACGAAGAUUUCCAAUCAACGCUUCAGAAAAGUAAUGACGUUUUUAACACUUUCAAAGGAGAAAUGGAAAAGAUGUCAAAGAAAAUCAAGAAGUUGGAGAAAGAGACGAUGGUGUGGAAAACACGGUGUGAGAAUAGUAAUAAGGUGUGUCUAGAGAUGGCUGAGGAGAAGCAGCGGCGAGACCAGGAGAUGGUUCAGUUACAGUCGAAGAAUCAGAAGUUGGAGAAGUUGUGCCGCGCGUUACAGGUGGAGAGGAACACGCUGAAAUCGGGAAGCUCAUCCCGAGGUGCCAGUCCGUGUGAUUCAACGAAAGAUGCAAGUCCAGCACUGGAGGAAACUUGUGGAGGAACUGGAAAUGGUACAGAUACAAAACCUGAGGACUCUGUUCCAUGUGAAAGUAACGAAUGCACUGCCGAACAAACCAUAACGGAACAAAAUGAUACAAAGACUGAUAAAUCAGGAUCUGAUCCAGAGGUGUCGUCUUCGACUGCUGAAGUGUCAAACGAGAUGAAAGGAUCUUGUGAUACUGUGGUUGCAGAAGAAAACAAAAAUGGCAAUGGUUCCAAUAGUGCUAGCAUUUCUGUGACUAAUGCAUCUGAAUCUUCUGAAGAUAAGGAUGCCGCGAGUAGUGAUAGUACCACUGCCGAUAAGGGCGACACUAGUAAUGAUAGUGGCACUCCAGUGGUGCCUAUAAGUGAUGGUGGCACUUCUGUAGCGACUGAUAGUGAGAGUUCCUCUUCAGCAGCAACUAGUAGUGAAAGUGCCACAUCGGUAGCAGUACAUGUAUCUCAAGGCCAAGAUGAUGGCGAAGGGAGCGUGUCGGAUGUUGAUUAAUUUUACAAUUUUUAUUUUGUUUAACUUGGCUGAAUCUUGGAUUGAGAAAGAUGGUUCGUGUUUGGCUGACUGAAAGGGAUACUUGACAACCUGUCUUUAUUGUGAUACAUUUGGAUGCUAUUCCCACGAAUAUGUACAUGUAUCACAACUGGGCUUGGUGAUUUGGUGCAGAUAUCUCGAAAAGUACAUGUACAGCAGUUGAGUCAGGUUGAACCAGUUUUCUCACAAAGCAUAAAGCAACUCUAGAUCUUCUCUUGCUUGUAUAUAUAUGGCAUUUUUCAUCAGGUCUCCAGACCAGCUUCAAGUGAAGAAAAUCAUGUACUUCCACAAGACCCUUGGGCCUGUCUUGCAGUUGAUUCCAAGAAUAUUUUAUAGCCCAUUUCUAAAUCUUCAGUACUUGUACUAUGUUACAUUGUAUAGAUUGUGGAAUUUGGUCUUCUUAGUCCCAACAAAUAACUCUGUGUCGGAGACUUGACCAUAGCUGAUCUGAUGCAGUCACCUGCAAGAUAGUUCCAGAGAUGUCUGAUAUCAUUUGAUUUCAGAUAUUUAUUGUAAAUUUUUUUGAUAAGAUGGCUGCCUUUGGCAGAUCAAUAAAUACA